AUGGCUAAAGAACAUGCCGGAUCACCAAAAUAUCACCAGUUGGAAGCAAGGAGAAAUCAUGUAACAUGGAUCCUAGCCGUUAGCGGACUGUGUAUCUUGUUCUACGUAUUAGGAGCUUGGCAAAGUAGUAUAGCACCAACGAUACAUACCGAAAUCACCAAAAAAGUUGGAUGUGAUAAUACAUCUAAUGAAGCCAUUGGUUCAUCAAGAUCAUCAACGCCGUCAUCAUCUGUGACAUUGGACUUUGAAAGUCACCAUCAGUUGGUAGUGGAAAAUUCACAACAGUUGCCCGAGUUCCCACCGUGCAAUAUGUCCUAUAGUGAAUACACUCCAUGCCAAGACCCGGAGAGAGGAAAUAAAUUUGAUAGAGAAAUGUUGAAGUAUAGAGAGAGACAUUGUCCAAGUAAAGAGGAACUCCUACGUUGCCUCAUACCUGCACCACCAAAGUACAAGCUACCUUUCAAAUGGCCAAAAAGCCGAGACUAUGCAUGGUUUGCCAACAUUCCUCACAAAGAGCUUAGCGUUGAGAAAAGUCAUCAAAACUGGAUUAAAGUAGAAGGUGACUGGUUUAGAUUUCCAGGAGGUGGUACUAUGUUCCGACAUGGAGCUGAUUCUUACAUCGAUGAUAUCAAUGAACUCAUACCUCUCUCAAAUGGAACCAUUCGAACUGCAAUUGAUACUGGCUGUGGAGUUGCAAGUUGGGGUGCAUACCUGCUUAAAAGGGACAUCAUAACGAUGUCUUUUGCUCCAAAGGACACGCACGAAGCCCAAGUAUGGUUUGCAUUAGAGCGUGGAGUUCCUGCUAUCAUUGGCAUUAUGGGAUCACAAAGACUUCCUUACCCAGCCAGGGCAUUCGACAUGGCUCACUGUGCUCGCUGUCUUAUUCCAUGGUAUAAAUAUGAUGGAUUGUAUUUACUUGAAGUGGAUAGAAUUCUAAGGCCUGGUGGUUACUGGAUACUAUCUGGACCUCCAAUUCGUUGGGAGAAACUGUGGAAAGGUUGGGAAAGAACCCCGGAAGAUUUAAAACAUGAACAAGACGAAAUUGAGGAAGUUGCAAAACGUCUUUGUUGGAAAAAAGUCAUCGAAAAGGAUGCUCUUGCCGUGUGGCAAAAGCCAAUCAACCACAUUGAAUGUAUCAAAAGGAAAAAGACACAUCAGAAGCCACAUAUAUGCAAAUCAGGCAAUGCGGAUGAAGCUUGGUACAAAGAACUGGAGACCUGUAUCACCCCAUUGCCAGAAGUAAGCAGCCCAGAUAAAGUCUCAGGUGGAGCCAUAAAGAAAUGGCCAGAACGUGCAACUGCUGUUCCUCCUAGAAUAAAAAACAACAUGGUAAAGGGUAUCACGGAAGAAAAAUUCAACAAGGAUAAUGAACUCUGGAAAGAACGGGUGACACAUUACAAAAAAAUCGUUACUGCCUUGCCUACAGGAAAAUGCCGUAACGUGAUGGACAUGAAUGCUUACCUAGGUGGAUUUUCUGCAGCCUUGAUGAAACAGAAAUACCCAGUGUGGGUAAUGAAUGUGGUUCCUGUAAAAGUCCAACCUGAUACACUUGGAGUAAUUUAUGAACGAGGAUUCAUUGGAGUGUAUCAUGACUGGUGUGAGGCGUUUGACACUUAUCCAAGAACAUAUGAUUUAAUCCAUGCAGGCAGUGUGUUCAGCAUAUAUCAAGAUAGGUGCGAUAUCACGGAUAUUCUACUGGAAAUGGAUAGAAUAUUGCGUCCAGAAGGGAGUGUUAUAUUUAGAGAUGAUGCAGAUAUGAUAGGGAAGAUUAAAAGUAUAGCAGAACGUAUGAGUUGGAAAACCAAGACAGUUGACCAUGAAAGUGGACCACUCAAUGAGGAAAAAAUUCUUGUUGCUGUGAAAAGCUACUGGGCAGCUGAAGCAAAUGAGGUGAAAAAUGACAGUAAAUCUAAGUAGCAGAUGUACUUUUUUGUAUAAGUAGAAAGUGUAUGUAGCCUAAUUUG